GUCCAUAAACGGGACGUGUUGACGAUAGAAAAUGGGAGGGGGGACAAGCACUGUGCUGAUAUGGCAUGUUGAUGUGGCCGGUUGAAGUGGCCAUGCUGACGUGGCCAUGAUGAUGUGACGUUUGACGUGGCACGUUGAAUGUGGACCAGUGUGGGCUUCUCAGCAGCGAACAAUCUUUGAUUGCUAUUGUGGUGGGUUUUACAGGGGGAUAGGAAGGGAGGGGGUCGGUUUUACAGGGGGAUAGGAAGGAAGGGGGGUGGAUUUUACAGGGGGAUAGGAAAAGGGGGGGGAACUCGAAGGGGACGGUGGGAAGGGGCGGGGGUAGGCGGAGGGCGGAGGGCCGAGGGGGGAGGGGCAGCCAUAGGAGGGCGGGAUGAUGAUGGCCGCGACAGCCUCUGUGCGGAGUGGUGGCGGCGCUGCUGCUGUGCGCGGCACUGCGCAUUAUUGCGCCGUUGCGGCGGCGGCAACUGUGGCGCGAUCGGGGUCGGGGACGCGCACCGCCUCCACCGCCAAGAAUCUAAUCUCUGCUUCAUUGUCCUGCUCGAGCUCAUCUUGCCACGUGGCAUUCUCUCCCUCUCCCUCUCCAUCUCCAUCUCCCUCUUCUUCUUCUUCUUCUUCUUCUUCUCCUUCUUCUUCUUUUGUUUUUCCACGAUGGUGGAAGGGCGUUAGAGCGGCAGCAUCAGCAGCAGCAGCAGCAGGAGGAGGAGGAGGAGGGAGUUGGAUAUCGCGAAAUGGUGGUCGAAUCUGUAUGACGGGGGGAGUAAAGCAGCCGAACCUCCUGAUCGGGUUGCGUAGGCAUGGCGGGAAAUCCCACGUGGCAAUGGGAGGAAGAGGAGUAAUGGCAGUGAAGCCGCGCCUAGCUCCUCCUCUAUCCCUGUCUGCCACGUGUCGCGUUAGUGAUAGUGGUUUAGACGCUCGAAUGCCAUGUAAAAAACUACAAGGCUUAUCUUCAUCAUUAUCAUCAUCAUUAUCUUCGGUAUCAUCAUCAUCAUCAUUAUCUUCGGUAUCAUCAUCAUCGUCAUCGUUAUCUUCGGUAUCAUCGUCAUCAUCAUCAUCAUCAUCAUCAUCGUGGUCGUCAGCAGCAGGACGAGGAGGAGGGGGAAGAUGGCAAGUAGGAGGAGUUGGGGGAAGAUGGGGAGUCGGAGGAGUAGGGGGAGGAUGGAGAGUAGGAGGGGGAGGGGGAGGAUGGGGAGUAGGAGUAGGAGGUUGCAGGUCACUUCUAUCUGCAGUGCCGCGAGUGAUGGAUUCUGCGCAGGAGGAGAUUAGCACAGCCAGUGCAUCUGUUCAUGUGUCGGGACCGCAGGUUGAGAAUGAUGACGUGUUCUUUACAGAUAUGGCGACCACUUGGCAAUCUUUGGGAGUGACAGAUCAGCUGGCACACGCCCUUCAGAGAGCUGGCCUCGAUCGACCGUCGAAAUUGCAGGCAGUGGCAGUGCCUCAGCUUUUGAAAGGAGGCGACGCUGUGGUUGCGGCAGAGACAGGGAGCGGGAAAACACACGCAUACGUUGUGCCGCUGAUCCAGCGCAUCCUGGCAGAUCGAGCGGCUAAGGGCAAGUCAUCCGGUAGCACUCUUCUCCUCUCGGCGAACAACACGCCGGCGAAGGCCUCGCCGGCACCAACCCAGCUCACGACGUCGGCGACGAAGACGAAGAUGACUAACCUGUCCCCUCAUGGGACUGCUCAUCCGGUUGCUGAGCACGCGCUGGCUGAAGAUGGGUCGAAGGAACACACGGAGGAGCUGCGCAGACGUAGAGAUUACCGUUAUGGGUUCGCGCUUGUGCUGUGUCCAAACUUGUUGUUAACGCAACAAGUGGCAAGUAUGGCGAACAGUUUGACCGAUGCGAAUGGGAGGCCGCUGAUCGCAACCGCCAUCAUUGCAGGAGGCGAGGGUUUCCCGGCGACGCCUCCCGACCUUGUUGUGGCCACUCCAGCUAGCCUUUUGAAUCACCUCUUCGCGUAUGAUCCUCGUCAACGGCGGCGGACUGCUUUCAUCCGAGACCUUCGCUACAUGAAAUCUCCUGGAGGAGUCAUAAGGGAUCGGUUUCCGAAUGCGACACGAAUCACCGGAAAUCUUCUGCAUUGUCAUAAUCCCAACCUACAACUAAGAUGGUUAAAGGUGGACAGCGAUUCGCGGAUCGCCGCCCUUGUUGAUGCCAUUGUGCGAACAGGAAAUGGAGGUGGCGAGUGCAGAUCUGAGGAGGGUGAGGAUGGUGCUGGUGGUGUGGCCAGUGGUGGCAACCAGCUACAAUCCCGUCGCAAGCUCAAAGCAAUGAGGAUCAUGGUGUUUGCGAAUAGCGUGGAGGCCGUCGAAGGCAUCGGGAGAGUCUUGUCUAGGAGGGGGGUGGACUGCUCGUGCUACCACAAGGGCGUUCCCGCUCAAGACCGAACAGUCGUACUGCAUGACUUCGCUGAGAAAGGAGGAGUCCUGAUUUGUACCGAUGUAGCGUCACGUGGCCUGGACAUUCCAGAAGUUGCGCACGUGGUUCAGGUCAGAGUUCAGAGGCAUUUCAUUAUUGGAGGCAAUUUGUAGGAGGAGCUGAUUGGUCCAGAGGACGGAGAUUAUUUUGUUGGCAUUCCCAUUA